AUGGUGGAUGUAGAGGAGGAUGACGGGGUGGAAAGGUUUGAAAUUAAUGAACGGGAUUUGGAAUAUGCGUUGAAUCCAGGGCAUCGGCGAGGAUUAUCGAAGAAUCAACAACUAUAUGGUAUUUGGGCUGAUCACGAGGAAAGUGACAACGAAGAUAUACAUGCUGGAUUUGGUUCAAAAGGCUCAAAAAAACAAAGCAAAAAUUAUUCCGCACCAGUAACAUUUGUCAGUGGCGGUAUAAAACAUGGCAAUACAAUUGAAAGAGAGAAUAAAAAUGAUGAUAAUGAUGAUGCAGUGGAAGAUGAACCACUUUCUCUGGAAAGACCACGGCGGCAAUCUCGUCGACAGACAGGUGCAAAUGUUUUUGCUGGACUUCGUUUGUCAUCAACGCAUAGUAUAGUGGAUCCCGGAAAAUUCGCAGAUUGGGCAAAGCAUUCCAAAUCAGAUGUAAUUAUGAAAAUGAUGCGUAAAAUGGGUUAUGUACCGGGACAAGGACUGGGCGCAAAUAAGCAAGGAAUUGUGGAACCCAUUCAAGCGGUUCUUCGACCAGGCAGGGCAGCUGUAGGCGCCUAUGGAAGAGAAUCGAAAGGACCGAACUUUGGAGAAUCGUCCGGAGAUACACAAAAGAGAGUAGAAUGCAGUAGAGAUGAUGGAAAAGUUGAAGAACCAUCAAGAAGAGGAAACUGGAAAAAAACUGGUUCCAAGAAAAGUGUGAAAUAUCAAUAUAAAACGAUUGAUGAAGUGAUUGCCGAAAGUGGGUCACUCAAGCAACGACUCAGCAGUGGAAGUAGUGGUGUCAAGGUUAUCGAUAUGACAGGGAAGGAACAGAAAGUUUAUUCCGGUUAUGACGCUUAUGCAGCUAAAACAAGAGCAAUCGUGGAAGCACAAGUGGAGCGUCUUGUCUUUGAUGUACCAGAAUUAAUGCAUAAUUUGAAUUUAUUAAUCAACGAGACUGAAGAAACAAUACGUCGCAAUGAUCGGCAGAUGCGCUUUUUAAGAGAUCAGACAGCAGCACUCGAAAAUGAUAGCAUGCAAAUACAGGCCGCUUUGUGGAAGGAACGUGAGGAACAAAAACGUGUGGAAGAAUUAAAUGACUUAUUGGAAAGGUUCUCCACGAAAAGCGAUGAGGGAAACGUAACGCUUGAUGAAUGUCGGGAAUUAUUUCAAAAAAUGCAGACGGAAUACUUUGAGGAAUAUCGUUUGUUCAGACUAGAAGAAAUAGCUAUUACAAAUGUUUUACCACUAAUUCAGCAUUAUUUCCUAACGUGGGAUGCUCUUGACAAUGACCAAAUGAACUAUGGUAUCGCGUUAAUAAGUGAGUGGAAAAAAAUACUGGAAAUAGAACAGCGUGGUAUAUUCAAUGUCACUAAAAGUUUAGAAAACCUUUCACCAUUUGAACGACUUCUUUGGGAUGGAUGGAUGCCAGUAAUGAGAAAAAUUGCGUUACGUUGGAGUCCACGAGACGACCCUCAAUCGAUGUUGCACGUCGUUGAAAAAUGGCUACCUAUGCUACCUUUAUGGAUGCGCGAGAACCUUUUAGAACAGAUUGUAAUUCCACGAAUAGCUGCUCAAGUGGACGAGUGGAAUCCCUUAACGGAUCGUAUACCCAUUCAUACAUGGUUACAUCCAUGGCUGGAUGUAAUGGGUGAUCGGCUUCAGCCGAUCUUCUCUCCUAUUAGACAGAAACUGGCCAAAGCAUUGAAAGAAUGGAAUCCAACUGACAGGAGUGCUUUGUCCAUGCUUCGGCCUUGGAAAGGCUGUUUCGCAUCAGCAACUAUGUCUGCUUUUCUGGCAAUGAAUAUCAUACCCAAACUUGAAAAAGCUUUACAAGAAAUGAUAUAUGACCCUACAAAAAAUCACCGAUACGAUGAAUUUUAUGCCGCGUUGGACUGGACUGAAUUGAUCGGUGCAGAAGGUAUUGCCGCUGUAUUAGUACGUAGCUUCUUUCCAAAGUGGUAUGAAACCUUGUGCAUUUGGUUAGAGUCCCCGCGAGUAGUAGCUCAGGAAGUGGUAAUGUGGUACAAUGAAUGGAAAAGUCGUUUUCCUGUUGAAAUUUCUUCACUGAUUAUUGUACAAGAACAAUUAAAGCGUGCACUGAUUGCAAUGAAGCAAGCCCAACAGGGCGUUCAGGUCACAAAGGAAAUACAUCCACCUUUACCACCUCCGGAACCGGUUCCCGGAAUUUACAAUUCUGCACCACCGAGAAUACAACCUCCACCUCCUCACCUUUCUUUCAAGGAUCUGGUAGAAUUAAGGGCACGUGAAGCGGGUGUCCUAUAUGUGCCUCAGGUGAAUAAAUUCCGAGAAGGGAAGCCUGUCUACUGGUUCGGCAAUGUAUCUAUUUACAUCGAUCGGAAUGUAAUAUUCGGGUUUAACGUCGAGACGCAGCAGUGGUCACCAAUCGGAUUAGAUCAUUUGCUUAGUAUAUGCUGA